UGCAACCUGACCAACUCCCACAACACGCACCGGCAGAGUUUCUGGAUGAAGAAUGGAGAAGAGAUCCCGGGAACCCGCAGAGACCUAAAAAACACAGAGUACAGAAUUCAGAAGCCCAGAGCUGAAGAUGCUGGGGAGUAUAUGUGUGUGUACACCUUCGACAUGGCACCUCCCGCGAAUGCGACCAUCGAAGUGAAAGGAAAUAAACCAAACGACAAUGAUCGNGAGCUGUACUGCGACGUGGUCGGCAGCCCCACCCCGGAGAUCCAGUGGUGGUACGCCGAGACCAACCGCGCCGACUCCUUCAAGCAGCUGUGGGACGGGGCGCGCAAGCGGCGCGUCUCCAUCGACACGGCGUACGGCGCCAACGGCGUGAGCGUGCUGGGCGUCACGCGUCUCACGCUGGAGGACUCGGGGACCUACGAGUGCCGGGCCAGCAACGACCCACGGCGCAACGACAUGCGCCAGAACCCCGCCCUCACCUGGAUCCGGGCGCAGGCCACCGUGACGGUGCUGCAGAAGCCCCGGAUAAACUCCUCGGAUGACGUCGCGCUCCUCCCAGGGUCCCACCCGCCCCCCUCCACGCUGCAGUGCAACCUGACCAACUCCCACAACACGCACCGGCAGAGUUUCUGGAUGAAGAAUGGAGAAGAGAUCCCUGCUCCUCACGUCACCGGCCACAAGCGCAGCGAGAACCAGAACGAGGGCCAGAGCGCCAUGCUCUACUGCAAGUCCGUGGGCUACCCCCACCCGACGUGGAUCUGGCGGAAGCUGGACAGGGGGGCUUAUGUGGACAUCGACAACUCCUCUGGCCGUUUUUAUGUUAACAGCAGAGAAAAUUAUUCAGAACUUAACAUUGUGAACCUGGACAUCAAAACCGAUGCGGGUCAGUACCAGUGCAAUGCCACCAACGCCUUGGGGACGACGAUGCAGUUCUCCAUCUUGCGGGUACGCAGCCACUUGGCGCCCCUCUGGCCCUUCCUGGGAGUCCUGGCGGAGAUCUUCAUCCUUGUCAUCAUCAUCGUGGUGUACGAGAAGCGCAAGAGACCGGAGGAGGAGAUGGACGAUGAUGAGGCAGCUGGACCAAUGAAAACAAACUCCACCAACAAUCACAAGGAGAAGAAUCUGCGCCAAAGGAACACCAACUGAGCGGGGAGAGCCUGUCUACAACAAUGGCGUGAAUUUCACGAGGUGAAGAUGGGAGGAGCCCUUGGCUUGUCAAUCAAACGAACCUGGUUUCAUUUGGAGUCUGAUGAGAGCUGAACAUUAGGGGGAAACAGACAAAACGGCUGUGUUAAGCAUCCCUUGUGAAGAUAUUACAAUAGAUGUACAUAUAUUUAUGUAUAUAUUUUUCCAUUGUGUAUGAUUUUAUUUUUUAUUUUAUUUGUACUUGGGCAUUAUAAUUAUUUUACUUUUUUAUGCAUGGUAUGCAGAUUUCAUUACGCUUGUAGUACUCUACAGUAAUAGUAUAGUACUAUACAUACUUGGUUCUUUUUGAUGGUUUACAAAUCAAUGGACUACCUUUGUAUUUCAUGUAAAUCCUUGACACAAUGAGUCGCUGAGAGUUUUGUACAGUUUCUCCCUUGACUUAGAUAUGGCUCAGCAUUCAGCAGCAUUCGGCCCGCAAGGCCGUACGUCACAGGUGGGGGGCGCCACCUUGCCAAGCAGUAUUUCAUCGAGGACCAGUGAAUGCAAACAUUUAAAUUAAAAUUAAAUUAAAAAAUUUAAAUGCUCAAACGUAUAGGCAGCCGGAGGAAAACGGGGAUUUAAACGUUGUCCAUUUUCUUUAGUAACUCACAUGGCUUCAUGUCUUGUAUAUGCUGCACUUAAGUGUUAAUAAUUACAGUAGAAAGUGUGUAAAAUUUGUUUUUAUAUAAAAAAAAACACUCAUUCUAUUUUAAAAUAUUUAUGUACAGCAUGGCUAUUAUUCUAUGCAAUAUUUGCUUAUAUAUACAUAAAAAUAUAUGUAUAUAUACAUAUAUAGAUACAUCUAUACAUAUUUACAUAAAUACAUAUAUAUUCACAAUCUGAAGGUAAGCAAUAGCAGUGUGUUUUGAAGCUUUAAUGUAACUGUGUGGGAUCAUGUUUACUGAAUCUGGUAUGUAAUGCACUAACUCACACACCUUCUCUGCAUGACGUUUCAACAGUUUGUGUGCGUGUCCCUUAACUGCAGAAGGACUUCCACUAUAGUAGCCAGUGUGCAGAGGUAGCGGUUCACGACUGUCAUUUUUAUGAAUAAAAGAGUGAAAAACUGA